AGAGAGAGGGAGAAAGUGUGUGCUUGCAGUUCAGAUCACAAAUGCCAUGGAAGAUUAUGCACUGUCCUUCUGGAUUUACAUGGGAGUGAUGUCUGUGUUUGUUGGAGGAGCAAUGAAGAAGAUCCUGGCAUCUCACAUCAGUGCAGCUCCCACAUUGCUGGCCUGGCUGGGGGUGACGGUGCUGGUGGAGAGGCUGUGCUCGCUGUGGCCCCCCGCUAUCUUGGCGCUGGCUGUGUUGUGUACUGUGUGCUGUCUCUCCUCAAGUAGGAGUGCCCCUGCACAAACCCUCCCCACCGAGGGCAAGGCAGUCUUCAUCACAGGCUGUGACUCUGGGUUUGGGAAGGCUGCUGCACAGCGGCUGGAUGCAUUAGGUUUCGAGGUGUUUGCCAGCGUGCUGGACCUGAGCGGGACGGGGGCCAGGGAAUUACGGCACAUUUGCUCCUCCAGGCUCACGCUCCUCCAGAUGGACAUCACCCAACCUGAGGAAGUCCAGCAGGCCCUCCUCACCACCCAGGCCAAACUUGGACUCCGAGGUUUAUGGGGACUUGUGAACAAUGCAGGAAUAUGUGUGAACUUCGGCGACGCAGAGCUCUCCCUCAUGUCCAACUACAGAGGGUGCAUGGAGGUUAACUUUUUUGGCACGCUGAAUGUUACCAAGACCUUUCUGCCUCUAUUACGGAAAGCCAAAGGCAGGAUUGUGACAAUAUCCAGCCCCUCAGGGGAACAGCCAUUUCCUUGUCUAGCAGCAUAUGGAGCCUCAAAAGCAGCCCUUAAUCUUUUCAUCAACACCUUACGCCACGAGCUAAAACCCUGGGGGGUCAAGGUCUCCACUGUCCUCCCUUCAGCUUUCAAGACAGGUCAAUCCAGUAAUGCUGAGUACUGGGAGCAGCAAUAUAAACACUUAAUUCAGAACCUGUCACCAGAACUACUGGAGGAAUAUGGAGAAGAGUACACUCUGGAGACCAAGCAGCUUUUCCAGGACUUUGCCAAGACAGCCAAUGAAGACCUGAGCCCAGUGAUCAACACAAUCACGGAUGCCCUGGUGUCCCUGCAGCCCAAAGUACGCUACUAUGCUGGGCCAGGGGUGGGCCUUAUGUACUUCAUUUACAGUUACUUCCCCAUGUCCAUCAGUGACAAGUUCCUGCAAAGGCUGUUCCUGAAGAAGAAAAUCUUGCCACAAGCUCUGCAGAACCAGAAUGGCAGCAGUCACAACAACAACAUUAAUAUGAUAUAAAUGACAAUUAAAAUUUGCUCACUAUAAAGAGAAGAUAUAGGACCACUUAGCACCUUUUUGUUGCCUUAUGCUUUUGUUUGUGUUAUGCAUUUUUGAAGGGAUCAUUGGAUUGCACCAAAAUACAUACACCUUACUGCACUAACUUGACAAACCUAGAUACUGUUAAAGGUGGUUUCAGUGGCACUGAUUUGCAGAGUAGGUUUUGACUGGGUGAACUUUCACCCCGAUCUUGUCCUUUUCUUUUUUCGUUCAAAGCUCUUGAACCAUAGAUGCAGAAUUACUUAAUUGGUUUUAGCCCUCUGUGUGACAUAAACUGAAAUCCCCAUUCAACAUCCAAAAUGGACACAUGUACAUAUGGAACAGCAGUCAAACAUUGAUAUGACUUUUAAACAACUGAUUUCUCCAGCACAAACAGUAUCAUGCACUCAGUAGGCAUAACCAAGCAAGUAGCUCUAUACCCAUGGCUCCAGAAAUACACCAUCCUGUGCCACAACUUCAAAACAGCACCCUCAGCAAGAGAUUACCUCAGCUAUUUGUUUUUUACAUACGCAUAAUUCUUCAAGCAUUCAAAGGUCUGAGAUAUCAAAAUGUUAUUUUUACUUUAGUUUUUUGUUAUUGUUUUUGGGUUUGUGUGUUUGUUUCC